AUGUCUGAUGGAGGUGCUGAAAGCUGUGGUGGGACAGGGCAAAACGCAGAAGCGGAGAGUGAGCCCCCUCAACAAGUCCCGUCUCUACCGGCAGAUGACAGCUUAGCUGUAGGACACGCGUCAGGGGACGGGGCCUCUCCAGUCGCCAAGCGGUCCAAAAUGAGUGAAGAGGAAUCGGACCUAGCAGAGUAUGCAGAGCCUCACACAACGCAUGAAGAAAUACCUGGGCACCCAGGCAUGCAACAGGAUCACUCCACCUUAGCACAAACACAUGUGAAACCUUUUAUUCUAUGCACAGGUGAACCGCCUGACGGUCAUAAAGGGAAUGAGUUGCCUGUCGGUGUCGAUGGUGAAGAAGGAAGCCACCAGAAUGGAGCUCAUGAGGCAAAGGCAGAGGAGGAACACAGUUCAAAUGGAUCUGCAGACAGCCCAGUUGAAGGGCAUCAGCUUGGCUUAGACUUUACCCAGAGCCCUCAGAUGCUGACUGGUUCUUGGACUGAGUACUCCACCAUAACAGAGAAUUACCUUAAAGGCUGCAAAUGGGCCCCUGAUGGUUCCUGUAUCCUGACCAACAGUGCAGACAAUGUGCUCCGUGUGUACAACCUCCCUCCAGAGAUUUACAGCUAUAACUGGGACCUGCUUCCUGAGAUGAGCCCAGUGCUAAGGAUGGCUGAGGGAGACACCAUCUACGACUACUGCUGGUAUCCCAAAAUGAACUCUCUGGACCCGGACACAUGCUUCCUAGCCAGCAGUAGCCGUGACAACCCCGUCCACUUGUGGGAUGCAUUCUGCGGGGAGGUGCGAGCCAGUUUCCGACCCUACAAUCACCUGGAUGAGCUGACGGCUGCUCACUCCCUCUGCUUCUCACCCGACGGCACGCAGCUGUACUGCGGCUUUGACAAAACUGUGAGGGUCUUUUACACGGAGCGUCCUGGAAGAGACUGUGAGCAACGACCCACUGUAGCGAAGAAGCAGGGCCAAAGUGGCAUCAUCUCCUGCUUUGGCUUCAGUCCUUGCCAGUCUGUUUACGCCUGUGGCUCCUACUCUCGCUGCGCUGGCCUCUACUCCUGCCAAGAUGGCACCCUGCUGGCCCUGCUGCCGACCCGACAUCACGGAGGCCUCACCCAUCUGCUCUUCUCCCCCGACGGCAACUACCUGUACACUGGAGGGCGCAAGGAUGCAGAGAUCCUUUGUUGGGACUUGAGAGAACCCGGCAAAGUUGUGUUUUCACUUAAGCGGAAUGUGGCCACAAACCAGCGCAUCUACUUUGACCUGGACCUGUCAGGCAAGUACCUGCUGAGCGGCAACACGGAGGGAGUGGUGUCAGUGUGGGACAUCCAGACAGUUCCUCCUGAUAGUGACGAGGAGCUACUCCAGCCUCUGCUCAGCUUCCAGGCCCACUGGGACUGCACUAAUGGUAUAAGUAUUCAUCCCUUCAUGCCACUGCUGGCGAGCUCCAGCGGGCAGCGGCAGUUCCCAUCGCCUGCCGACGGUGAGGGUGACUCGGCCUCCGAAAGCGAGGGCGGUGAAGCCGUCACGACAGCGCCGGACAGGCAGGACAACACCCUGAGUCUGUGGUGGGCCGGACCACUGGGCCCCGUCGCAGAGGAGAACCAGGAGCAGCAGCCGGCAGCGGUGGAAUCCUGAGGCUCUUCUGACACAGACUGAGUUACACCUGCCGAGUUCGGUUUAGUGGUGUAGACAUAAGGAUAUGAUGUCCUGAAGUGCUACAUCAUUUGUUUACAUUUUAAACAACCCUACUCAGGUGGUACCAUCCAAACAGACAGUUUUUAAGAUCACCUGCAAGGUAGUAACUUUUAUAUAAACCAUUCUGUGCAGUGGGACUAUGGCCAGACUUGGUUAUUACCAGAGUGCAACACAGAUGAUGAUGAUUUUGUGUUUGGUAACCUGAUGCCAAACAGAUUUUUUUACUUCUCAAAGCAUACCUGGUGUGUGUAAAAAUGCUGCCCACACAUUUCUAACUGCUGUACUUGUAUAAAGUACCUUUUGUUUCCUUUUGUAAACUGAGGAAACCCCGUUCACCUUCUUUUUUUUUUUUAAUUUAAGGACACACCAAACCGUGUUUGUCUGUGUAUCCUCACUAAAUGUAUAUUUUUCUAUAGCCAUGUUGUUAGGUUGGUUGAAUGUCUACCCUGUGAGCAGCUCGCUUCAUUACCACCCUCUCAUCAUGAUCUGUGACGCUCUUAGCAUGUGGAAAAUGGAAAAACCCUUUUCUCCCCUACAGACUUUUCUCAGAAUACAUUUGUAAGUGUUGAAAUGGGGGCAUAAACACAUUGUAUUUAAAACCGUGCAUAUUCAUUUUGCUGCAGGGAGGUUUUUCUUGUGCUUGCUUGGCUGUCAGUGAGCUGUGCUUUGUUUGUGUAGUGUUUCUCUGCAGGUUGGUUCAACACACUACCAAAGCCUUAUAUUUUUAUACUGAUAGUUUGUUGAUUAUGAAGCCCCUCUUAGUUCAGAUCUCAUUUAGACUGAAGAGCUAUUACACAAAUGUGUGCUCCAGCAGGAAGCAUUAGUCCCCAGAUAGAUGGCAGUGUCUGCAACAGGUGGCCUUCUGGUGCUUCUCUUCAAGCUGGAGUGAAUUAAAAACAGAUCUGUUCGCAGACUUCCAGUCUUUCUCAUUUUCUGACUUUCUGUUAAAGGCAGUUCAGAGUUGGAAGCCCUGUAAUAAAUCCCUGAUGAAUGUGAGAUGAUGUUACACUCGAGUCAAGAGGCAGCUCUUAAAAGCUGAAAGGA